GCGACAGUAACGGUGGUGAGCGUCGAUCAUUGAGAUACGGGACAUUUCGUACGCGCGUCAAUAAAUCGCUCGACAUGAAGUUGUUUGUGGUAGCUGUGUGCGCGUGUCUUGCUUUGGUAGCAGCCGCCGUGCCUCAAAAGAGAUUCGGAGUGCCGCUAAGCGCUGAGGAUGAUUGCAACCCCAACAUAAGAGCCAGGAAUUUCUCGGCCGAUCCUAAUGACUGCCAAGUGUUCUACAUCUGCGACAACGGAUGGCCAAAGAUCUCCUUCUGUCCGGGCGUGACCGUCUGGACGCCGGCCGCGGAGCGAUGCUUGAACAGGCACGAGGCCGAGAACGCCGUCUGUCAGUUUGUCUACGUUCCCGAGGCGGUCGAAAUCGGCGUCGGUCUCGCUCCCGUCGAUGAGACGUGCGACUUUCAGUGCGAGGAUAACAGCGGCUGCAUCGCCCGCCGCGCACAGUGCGACGGCAUCUCACACUGCCGCGACGGCUCGGACGAGCGCGACUGUGCACCACCAUGCGAUCUUGAUCGGUGCAGACUACCUGACUGUAAGUGCAGCGAUACUCUCAUUCCCGGCGGACUCCUGGCCAGCCAAGUACCUCAGUUAGUGAUGAUUGGUUGGGAUGAGGCGGUCCGUGUGGAGGAUUACAACCAUCUUUACCAGCAGAUUUUCAAGAAGCUGUCGUCAGCUAGACGCAGGGAGCCGCGCAGGAACGCCGAUGGCUGCCCGAUGACGGGAACCUUCUUCGUUAGCCAUCAGUUCACGGACUACGCUGCCGUGAAUGCUCUAUACGCCGAAGGAAACGAAAUAGCUACUCACUCCGUCAGUAAGCAGCUGCCGGCCGAGUACUGGCGUGACAGCGAACGCCGCGUGUGGCACGAGGAGUUCGUCACAAUGCGUCUGCUGCUCAACCAGCUCGGCAACGUGAAGGCGGAGGACAUUGUCGGCAUGCGCGCCCCCUACCUGCAGACGGCUGGCGACGACACGAUCAUCAUGGCGCAGCGCAACAACUUCCUCUAUGAUUCGUCGUACGCCACCGACAGGAACGACUACCCGAUCUGGCCGUACACGUUCGACUACCGCUCGACCGCCGGCUGCGCCGUGGAGCCGUGCCCGCUGCAGUCGCUGCCAGGCGUCUGGGAGAUCCCGCUAGUUGACUGGAUCGACACGAACAACACACUGUGCGAGAACGUCGACAGCUGCUACUUCCCGGAGACGAAGCAGGAGGCGAUGGAGCUGCUCUUCUCCAACUUCGCGCGCCACUACCAGACGAACAAGGCGCCGUUCGCGAUCAAUCUGCGCGCGCGCUGGUUCCUCGACGACGGCAUGCACAACCUGGAAGCGCUGCAGGAUUUCCUCGAGGGCGUCGAGCGCAUGGACGACGUCUACGUGGUGACGUUCGCGCAGGCGCUGCAGUGGGUGCGCGACCCGACGCCGCUCAACGACAUGGACGGCUUCUUCAACUGCGACUACAGAGACCGGACGCCGAUGUGCGAGCACCCGACCCUCUGCGGAUACUACAACAUCACCUAUCAGCCGAACGACGUCGACCACCAGGGCGACCGCUUCUUCAUGACCUGCAACGAGUGUCCGCCGCAGUACCCGUGGGUGAUGCCCAUCGACACUCUACGCGCUCUCGGUCUGUAGACGUGCUCUGCCAUUGACGUGCUCAGCUUAGUCGAUAAACUCUGCUGCUGCUCUUGGUCUGUAGCUUAGAUGCUCGGUGUGUAGAUUGUGUUUUUGGUGUGUACUCCUCGCUAUGCGCUCGGUCUAUAGCUUGUAUGCUUGGCGUGUAGAUUUUGUAUUCGGUGUGCACGUUUUAUGAUCUUGUGUGUGCGCUAGUUUGGUCUGUAGUUUGUGUGCUUGGCAUGCAGGUUGAAUGUUUACAGCAUGGAUUAUGUUAUACCUUUGCGUGCUUUGCUGCUUUGCGUGUAGGUUAUGGACUUACGUCAGUAGAUUGGAGUCUAGGUUAUAGAUCGUUUUACGUAAAACAUUGUAGGCCCGAUCUACAUGCCGCGCGCGUGCGUGCGUGCGUGCGUGCGUGCGUGCGCGUGUGUGUGUGUGUGUGUGUGUGCCUGUGU